AUGAGCACCACUGUCAGGCAAUACUCCUCCUCCACCUCCCUCAAGGGAUUCGGUGGCCUGGGUGGAGGCUCCAGCAGGCUUUCCUCCGUGCGUGUUGGGGGAGGAGGGUACAGAGCCCCCAGCGUCCACGGCGGCUCUGGCAGCUACUCUGUCUCUUCCCGCGUUGUCUCGGGGCUCGGAAGCGGCUACGGGGGCAGCUACUGCAGCAGCGUAGGAGGGGGCCUGGGCGGUGGCUUUGGGGGUAGCUAUGGGGCUGGCUUUGGAGCUGGCUUUGGAGCCGGCUUUGGAAGCGGUGGCUUUGGAGGCGGCUUUGGAGGUGGCUUUGGAGGUGGCGAUGGCAUCCUCCCGGCUGGGGAAAAGGAGACGAUGCAGAACCUCAACGACCGCCUGGCUGCCUACCUGGACAAAGUGCGUGCCCUGGAGGAGGCCAACACUGAGCUGGAGGUCAAGAUCAGGGAAUGGUACCAGAAGCAGGGGCCUGGUCCAGACCGUGACUACAGCCCCUACUACAGGACUAUCGAGGAGCUCAGGAACAAG